AUUUACGGGAUUGUCUGUUCGGGAAACCACCGCCAAUAAAAAAAUAUGAGAUGCGUGUUUCUCUUCGCGUUCAAUACAGUACUUAUUACCGUAUGGUACGAAACGAAAAUUUCGUGAUCAUUUUUCAAAAUCGUUGUUGCGCUGAGACAACGGUGUCAUACUCAUGAGAAUAGAAAAUGACAGCUAUCUCAGCCUCAACCCGCGGUUCUAGAGACAACUGCUCAGAAGACGUCUAUGGUAACUUACGACUCGAAGUAUCCAAGAUGACAAUCAUCGACGGAGAUAACCAUCAUUUCCAACACCCGAAGCAGCAACGAAAGAGUAGAAGACAAGACUCGCUACCACCUGUACCACAACAGCGAUCUAUUAAAAAAACAAGUCCUGCUCGUCGGUCCUUCUUACAGACGGCUUGGCGCCCUGAAAGUGAGUCCUUUCGUCUUUUGACACCUGUACCUCCGAUCAUAGAAGACAGCGAACAGCAAGAGUCAUCAUCGGAACCGUCACUUUUCUACCCUGUUCAGCCAUCCGAAACAAUACAAGCAGAAGUGUCAAAUACCAAAAUGAACUAUCCCGGACGAAAAAGACAACGACCAUUUCAAAGCCGUCUCGCCCCUCCUCCACUGCUUCCCAGUUCUUUUGAACUUGACGAUACAGCCAAUAGCAAUCCAUAUAAACGGCACGUCGCGAUACAUUCACCAAUCCCGGGGAUUGGAAACAGCUUGAACCUUGACUUCGUAGCGAAGAUUAAGUCAUCGAAAUCACAUUUUAACGAACGAUCGAAGAUGAUCCCAUCGUGUCUUCUGGAAGAAAGACGGAGUGCAUCAUCAUCGUCAUCAUAUUUCACACCAGCAUCGUCCUCCGUUUUGCCGCGAGAGAUGGAUACGAUCAAAAUAUUCUUCCCUAUUCCCGACAAUGCACUCGACGUCAUAGAGGAAACACCAGGAGACCGAGAACAAGAUCAUAAUUCUAUUUCUAUAGGGAGAAUGGCGCUGAAGAUGCGACGGCGAUAUCAAAAUAAUGAUAACCCUCGCAAUAUUUUCGAACCAACGGAGCUUACAGCAUGAUAUCGCAACACUCUGCGAAAUAUCCGCCAUCGUCCCCGUUCUUCCGACGCUCCUAUAAUGAUCAUGAUGUAAUCUAAUUCUAGGUUGACUAUUUGUGUUUUCAUUGUAAUGAAAAAAAUGGUAUAAUUUAAC